CCAGAGAUGCUGGUUAGUAUUCAAAAAAGCUUCAAGCAAAGGGCCAAAGAGGUUGGAGAAGUUCUCAGAUGAGCGUGCUGCUUACUUUAGAUGCUAUCACAAGGUCACAGAGCUCAAUAAUGUGAAGAACAUAUUGCGACUGCCAAAAGGCACGAAGAAGCAGGCUGUUGGGAUUUAUUUCACUGAUGACACAUCCAAAACCUUUGCUUGUGAGUCAGAUUUUCUGGGCAUUUAUACAGAACUUGAGGCAGAUGAGUGGUGCAAGGUGUUGCAGAUGGAGUGUCUUGGAACACGGAUCAAUGACAUUAGCCUUGGAGAGCCUGACUUGUUGGCAUCCGGAGUGGAAAGGGAGCAGAGUGAGAGAUUCAAUGUGUAUUUGAUGCCAUCCCCUAAUUUAGAUGUGCAUGGGGAAUGUACCUUGCAGAUAACAUUUGAGAAUAUCUGUCUUUGGGACAUCCAGAAUCCCAGAAUAAAACUCAUCUCUUGGCCAUUAAGUGCCCUCCGACGCUAUGGACGGGACCCCUCUUGGUUCACGUUCGAAGCAGGGAGGAUGUGUGACACGGGAGAAGGACUAUUCAUCUUUCAGACAAGAGAAGGGGAGGCCAUCUACCAGAAGGUGCACUCGGCCGCUUUGGCCAUCGCAGAGCAACAUGAGCGCUUGCUGCAGAGUGUGAAAAAUUCAAUGCUCCAGGUGAAAAUGAGCGAGCGAGCCGUGUCCCUCGGCGCCAUGGUGCCCUUGCCCCGCAGCGCCUACUGGCAGCACAUCACGCGCCAGCGCAGCACUGGCCAGCUGUACGGCCUGCAAGAUGUUUCUAGUCCGACGAAGCUUCAUCGAACGGACACUUUUCCCACCUACAGAUCAGAGCAUCGAUAAAGGACCGUAAAGAACUUUACAAACUCUUUGUCUUCUGCCGAACUGCCCCCAUGGAUGGCUGUGAUGACGAUAAGCAAGGAUGGAAACACUGAAAAAUUCAGGUUGGAUGAAAAGUUCUUGCAAUACAGAUUUUUUUUUUAA